GCGGCGUCAUGAAUCAGAAUUAUUGGGCAUUAAAUAGUUAAGCGCCAGCGCGCGUUCUCGGACUCAGCGGGAGCGCGCUGAGGUGCACCGCGAACGCGAAGCAGAAACGGCUCAGACAGCAGGUCGGUCGAUGAGCUGGGAUACAAAGUACCGGCUGUAGAAAAAAUAAUUAAAUAAAAAAAAUUGGAAGAAGUCGACGUGAACGGUUGGCUUUCGCUGGCGGUUUGUUUUCCGGUGGACUAACGUUUCGGGAAGUUUUUUUUAAAUUAUUAUUUUUAUUCAGCGGAACGGACGCGGACUGAGGCUCCGAAACGCUGUCCACAAUGUCGGGGAGCAGGGAGGAGGAGAGGAGGAAACUGGCCGACAUCAUCAACCACUGGAACGCCAACCGGCUCGACCUGUUCGAGAUCAGCCAGCCCACAGAGGACCUGGAGUUCCAUGGCGUGAUGCGGUUCUACUUCCAGGACCGGGUGGCCGGGAACUUCGCCACAAAGUGCAUCCGGGUCUCCAGCACGGCGACGACGCAGGACGUCAUCGAGACUUUGGCGGAGAAGUUCAGGCCGGACAUGAGGAUGCUGUCGUCGCCCAAGUACUCGCUGUACGAGGUCCACGUCAGUGGCGAAGAGCGCCAGCUGGACCUGGACGAGAAGCCGCUGGUGGUUCAGCUCAACUGGAACAAAGACGACAGGGAGGGACGCUUUGUCCUGAAGAACGAGAACGAUGUCCUGCCCAAGGUGAGACGCAUCGCUCCGCAUCGCACCACAACAUGCUGCAUCGCACCACAACAUGCUGCAUCGCUUCGCAUCGCACCACAACAUGCUGCAUCGCUCCGCAUCGCACCACAACAUGCUGCAUCGCUCCGCAUCGCACCACAACAUGCUGCAUCGCUCCGCAUCGCACCA